AUGAUACCAACAACUUCGCCCAAUUCACCUGGAAGUCCUCUACAUGAGCAAACCUCAUAUAGAGUGAAACGCAAGUAUGACGAUGAAGAGGAAGACCCUCCUCCUCCCACACCUCAGCCUGUUGAGCAUGCAAGAGUGUCGCACAACGCACAGCUUCUGACCCCCCCUAAUUCCUCCCCAUCGCGACCCUCGGCGCCUCAGCCCGACGAACCCCUGCCGCCACUGCCUCUCGACAUCCUGCACUACAUCAUCGCUCUUGCAGACUCUGAGACUCUUCAAACCAUUGCGGGAGUCUCGAAGAUGUUCCAAAUCAAGGGUGAACGGUUCAGCAAGAAGUUGGUUGAGACGGCGGCGGAUUGCUGA